AUGAGUGCUAUACGUGAGGGCCGUCUAAACAACCCACACAACACCGCACCGCUAUUCCACUCGGCUGCCGACUUUAUGCCCCCGGACGAGGAACACGAACAGGAGGUGCAGGAUUUCUAUGCUUUGAAGAGCAGCCGGCGGCAUUUCGGGGCAUAUGCAUCCUCGAACGCGACAGUUCAUGAGGAAGACGACGAGGAGGAUGGCGACUAUUCUGGUGGGAGCACGCAGGAGCUACGGCAGAGCGGGGGGAAAGGGAAGUCGAGAUUGUCGGUCUUGGGAAACACAAACACCAUCAGGAGCUCGUGGAGAGCUUCGAAGUCCGCUGGGUCCUCGGUGGUGAGGUCGACGUCAAGAACAAGCUCCGUUGGGAGCGACGGUACGGAAAAAGGUGAGAAAGGAAAGGGGAGAAUGGUAGAUAUUGGCCUGGAUGAUAGCGUGCGGCUGGGAAUGAUGCCGGAGGGGAUCGACCAUUCGGAUAUGGUAGAAUCAGCUGUUCAAAGGCCGUUCGGUGGUUAUGAAAGGCGGCAUUUGUUGGAGGAUGAAGACGAUGACGAUGGAGCGGAUCGGCCUCCAAGGGAUAUCUGCAUUCAGAUGCCGUCGGAUGAUGAUGAUGAUGAGGAGGAGCCUGCGUUUCAGCAGUUCAGAAGCCCGCCGCCGCCAAAGUCUGGGUUGCCAGAUAAAAAGGCGGAGACCACAUUCAUGCCGCGACUGUCAUCGCCUACGCAGCCGCGCGGGCCCCAUAUGAGCAUUGUAAGACCCCCCACUUUCUCCCCGUCAUGGCUCCUGUUUGUUUUUGAGCUUGGGUUGAUCGAUCCAAGUUUAUACUAA